CUAGCUUAGUCAGCUAGGAGCGAGAAUUUUACACUUGCAUCUAUCACAAUAUACCAAGUGUGCAUUUUAUCAGAAUUAUUACACAGCAUGUCUCUAGCAAUUCGGCCGGAAAUAACGAGCUCCUUCCGAGACGACGAGGAGCAGGCGGCCGCCGCCGUGCCACUCCUGGCGGCGGCCUCUCCAACCCGGAGCCGGAGCCAUGCCGGCGACGUGCACAUCUUGUCGGCGGCCUUCCUCUUCGUCUUCUCCGCCUACCUCCCCACGCAGAACCUCCAGAGCACACUCAACGAUGACGGCAACCUGGGCGCCGUGUCGAUGGGGAUCGUGUACGUCUCCUUCACGGUGUUCGCGGCCACUGCGGCGGCGGUGGUGAGGGGGCUCGGGUCCAGGGGCGCACUCCUGCUCGGAACCAGCGGCUACGCGCUCUUCAUCCUCGCCAACCUACACCCAACGUGGUACACCAUGGUUCCUGCUUCCAUCUACCUGGGUUUCGCUUCCUCCAUCAUGUGGGUUGGCCAGGGCACAUAUCUUACCUCUGCUGCCUUCAGCCACGCAACAGAGAACAAGCUCAACGAUGGCCAAGUUUUGGGACGAUUUAACGGUGAAUUCUGGGGAAUGUUCGCAAGCACUCAGGUCAUCGGAAAUCUAAUCUCGCUCGUCGUGCUGAGAAAUGACAAGGAUGGGGGAGGUGCCGAGGAGAAGAACCUGCUGUUUACUGUCUUCCUGGGCUGUAUGGUGGUUGGCAUCGUGCUGAUGUUUCUGCUCUCCAGAAGAGAUGAGAGCAUAGGAGUGGAGGGAGGAGACCAUGAGCUCCCAGAGAAAUCCCUUCUAUGGGACAUGUCGAAAUCCGCGGUCGCGCCGCUCGCGGACCGUAGGAUGCUCCUCCUCGCUCCCCUCCUCGCGUACUACGGCCUACAAAAGGCAUUCGUGUGGGCCGUCUUCACGAAGAGUAUCGUGACACCCGUCCUGGGCGUCGCCGGUGUGGGAGGCGCGAUGGCUUUGUACGGCACGUCUGGUGUCAUCAGCUCGCUGGUGGCCGGCCGUCUGACCACCGGGCUCUACUCGUCGACGCUCAUCGUGUCGGCCGGUGCCGUCCUCCAGGCCGGCGUGCUCUUCUGGCUACUUUUUUUCUACAGUCCCGUUGGUGGUGUGCUCGGGUCAGAAGCUCCGCUGCUCGUCGGCGCCUUGUGGGGCGUGGGAGACGGCAUUCUGAACACGCAGCUGAGCGCGCUGAUCGGGCUCCUCUUCAAGGACAAGGAGGCGGCGUUCGCGCUGGGGAAGAUGUGGCAGGCGGCCGCGACGGCGGCGGUCUUCUUCCUGAGUCCCGGCGCCACGCUGCAGGGGAUGCUCGCCGCGGUGGCCGCCGCGCUGGUGGUCGCCCUCACCGCGUUUCUGUCCCUGUCCCUCGUCGUCGAGAGGUCGUACGCGCUGAAACUCUGAAGUGCGCGCGCGGAAACUCUGAAGUGCGCGCGCUGAAACUCUUAAGGCACUCCACGAUUUUGAGUUACGUCUCGUACUGGUUUGGUUGCAGCGGAUUUCAGGAAUACUACACUAACGGAUAGACACGAUACGUAUGGAUUUUUGUUACACCGACCUGUCAGUCAUACAAGGGCUGCAGGAGAUUUUCACAAACAACCACUUGUGUUGCUGCCUGUAGUGUGAAGCUUUUUUUUCUUCUGUAUUCAAAUUUUAUUCGAUCUA